AUGGCAGGACCGCGCAACCGUUUCGACUGGCCCGAUUCCUAUGAAAAGAUCCUUGAAAGACAAGGAGUUUGGGAUUAUAAACGACACGAAGUAAAGGAAAUCUACAGGAAACGUCCAAGUUAUGAGCGUGAUCUUCGCAAUUUGUACGAUGACUGGAAAAAACAGACCCACUGGGGACAGAAGGACUACAAAUCUAGCAGAUACAAAAUCCCAUCUUCAGGAUUUGGGCGCUAUGGAUUUCCUGGAAAAUAA